UGAAUAUUGUCCACCAUGGGGAAACCAUACCCCCCUACCCAAUAUCCAGACCUGCGCCAUGUCUUGGAAACCGUUGAACAAACUUUUUGCGAGUCCAAGAUAAUCGUAAUCGUCUGUCUCACCGCAUGGGCUAUUCGUCGAUUGAACCUCGGAUUUGUCUGGAUCAUCGUCCUCCUAGCCUUCUGCCGCACGCAACAAAGAGUUACCCUCCGGAGAAUACAGCAUGCGAUCCACGACGAGCUGAGACGGCAUCAUGCACAGAAAAACGCACGCGAACGCGGCGAGUCUGUCCUCUGGCUGAAUGUCCUCCUCGGUCGAGUAUGGCAUCAAUACGAACGCCCCAUUUGCCAGCGUAUCCUUCGCUAUAUAAACAGCAAUCUCGCCCGCCAAGGGAAUGACUCUCCCGCGGAGGCCGUGAUCCUGGAGUCAUGGCGGUCCAUCGCCCAGCCCCUCCGCCUCACAAAAGUCAUCACGAAGUCCAAACCAGGCUCACCCAACAUCAUCCUCGAAGGGGACUUCGUCGUGUCUCUCCUCCCCCCUGAGCACAGCUUCCUCUACAACCACUACCUCACUCUCCUCGAGCUCACAGCCCCCGACAACACCACCACCGCAGACGACGAACCCCUCCUCGACCUAACAAUAACCCACAAGCGAGACCCUUCCACAAAAAAGAAGAAAGAACACGACCUCUCCGUCAAGGUUCGCACCUUCACCACGACCGGCGUCCUCCGCCUCGAAGUCGACUUCUCGGGCCCCGAGCCCGCCCUGCAUCCUCCGCAGGUCGACUUGCACGAACAGCCCCGAAUGGAUUGCACCAUCCGCACCGUCAGCCAGCACCACUUCCCCUUUCACUUCGCCCACGCAGUCGACUGGCGCCGUCUCGUAGAGAUGCAGAUCCGGGAGGGGCUGGGAUGGACAGGGUUCCAAAGGGUGUUGCCCAUGCCGUUCCGGCUGUGGGGAGAGCGGUUCCUGGUUGGAGUCAUUCAGUGGUGGGUGGGGGUACAAAAGGCGUUGUAGACUAGGCCUACGUCAGAUUUCAAAUUUGUCCGCACCGAUCCGGGGCGCUGUCCUGGGACGUGUGUAUAUGAUGUGUUGUAUGGGUGUCUGGUUCGUUGCAUUACUACUAGUGUUGACUUGGCGAGUGGGCCCC